AUGGAAAUAGCUGUUUGCUUCCGAUUGUUAAUAAGUUUGUAUUCGGUGCAGGUUAUACUCUUAUCUAGCUGGCCGCACGUAAUAGGAACAGGAAACACGGACCCACGGGAUGAGGUGGCGUUCGAUCAGAUUGCAACUGCGUCGGAGAACGUGAGGCGAAAUGCGGAGAAACCUGAACAGAAGCGGGAGUUUCGAGAUCAAUUGAUAACGUCGAUGAUCGAUACCACCGUGCACUACGAAAAUUCAAAUGGGUUCGUACCCAUGUUAAUGUCCUCGUCGCCGUUAGCCCCGACGUCCUCGGAAGAAAAGAAACAACCAGCUAACGGCACUUGGAACAACUCUUUGUACCAGCGGGGAAAUUCGAGCAAGACCGACGACAACGACAGGCAGACGAGUCGACAAGAAACGGACGAUCUCGAGAACGAUCCUCUUUAUUCCACGGAGGCGAGAAUAUUCUUCAAUUUCCCGAACCUGAACGCGAAUCGUCGAUCCUUCGAGCAUCAAGGGAGUCAGAAUGAAUUCGACUUGCUCAAGGUAACAAACGGCACGCCAGUGAUAGCCGCUUAUUCAAAUUUGUACGAGGAAGAGCCGAGCGUCGGCGAGAAUGAAGAGAAAAAUCCGCGAUCCUCGCCGAAACGCAAAGUCCACGGGAAAGGACAAAGAACGGAGAACUACGGGACAGCUGUAUCGGAAAGCAACGCCGGUAGCCCGUACGGCUAUUAUUACUCUCACGAUUCAGCGAAGGAUAAAGAAAAGAAGAGCAACGAUGGGGAGAAAGUGGUGAGCAAUUAUCAACAGCAGGACGCUCUGAGUUAUGGCAGUCACGGGCAGAGCGCAAGUGGACAAAUUGGGCCGACCGCGUCGUCCUUCUCAAGGCUGAACGACGAGGUCAGUGUCUUUCUGAAGACAAAGAGUUCGCCUCAAGUUGCGAACAACAACCAUAGAUUCUCCCGACCCGUGGUGGUCGCCGAGCCAAGUUACAAAUUCGAUCAGUCGUCGAGAGUGUCCGAUUUCGACGCCGACGACUACCAAACCUCGAGGUUGAUCGAUUCGGCGAGCUCCGAGGUGCAUCGUUACAUGGUGAACGACAGGGACGGUAAAUUUCGAAGCGACGAGAGUUCGAGGGACGUGUCGGAGGACGAUUACACGGACGAGUACACGGAGAGGCCCAGACGAGUGCAGAAGAACAGAAGACGGCCAAACAACAGCUCGAAGAGGCUGCCGAAGGAGCAUCGAGGGAACGUCGACGACAGCUUGGAGCACGAGAGCCAAGGUAAAAGGCAUCACUCGUCGACGAGGACGAAGUCGCAUCGGCAAAGAUUGAGGGGCAAUUCGUGGACGGAGGAUCGAGAUAACAGUUACGAAGACGCGAGCCGAUUGAAGUCGCAAAGCUCGAAAUUCAAGCCGAGCAACAGCUGGAACCAGAUAUCGCCGAAUCUCGAGAUUUCGCACUCGAGCGGCGUUGAAAUCGGGCAGCUCGAGAAGCCGAAGCUCAUCGUCCCGGUGAAAGUCAACUUGGUGCCGGUAACGAAUUUCGAUCACGCAACAGCGAUCGGCAACAGCCAAGGAUUCGACGUUUCCAACGCGAUUCUGCGGAACAUCGUCUCGGCCACGCCGCUCACCACGGUAAGCACGUCCGCGCCUGAGAUGAACACCGUCGAGAAUGCGAUCGGUAACGACGGUAGAAUUGUGUCGACGCCCUUGCCGGACAUUAUCGUUGGCCAGAACAACCUGCACAAUUCGAUGCACGCGUUUCCCCCGUCGGCGAACGAACAGACCAGAUUCCCGACGAAUCUCAACCCGCAAUACGUGUCGAGCACAGUCGCGCCAGUUUUUGCCGUCACUCCGAGCUUGAGCCCCAACUUGCAGAGCGUGUCGGUUCAAGACGCUCACGGCACCGCUACGUCUCGACCGGCGAUCGUCACUGCAUCGAAUCAAGUGUCGUCCAGCCAUGUGCCGCAGCUAAUACUCCCGCAACCGACCUUCCAGACGAUCUCGACGUUGAUGCAGACGCCGGUCAUCAGCCCGGAUUACAUUCAAGUGAAUCCUCACGGGAUGCAUGGCCAGAAUCCUAUCGGUCAUGGUAAUUUGCAGGUGCAACCGCUACCGACGAUGUCCACGAUCACACCGACACCGCAGACCAUACCCGUUACGAACAUCAACCUGAUAACAUCCGAGUCGCAAAACAAGAAGACGUUGCUCCCCGGUUCGAGCACGAAUUUCUUAGCCUCGGCAAGUCUCGCGGUCGGCCACGACGAUCCGAGGCAAACGUCUAACGGUAACUCUUAUUAUUUGCAGAACUCGAACGCUGCCGACGAUAUUAAUAAUAGGCCGCAGGUACAGGGCGGUCUUUACCAACAAACGUUGAGGAACGUUAACAUCGCCGCACCGAAAACGAGAACCUACUUGCAAACGACGCAUUUACUGCCAGCGGUUUUCAACUCCGUGCCAACGUUCACUACGUUAUCGGCAAACAACGCUCCGCAAAUGUUCUCCGAACAGCAGAACGUUCAGGGAACGAACCUUGUGCUGCAACAGCCUCGGGAACAAGGUCAGCAAUACGCUAGGCAAAACACUGGUUCCGAUGGUGGCGCGUCGUCAACGUUGAAAAACGUCAAGCUGCCGUCGCUCGUGUAUCAGAUGAUCGAUAGCACGGCGAGUCACAGUGCCGGUAAUAUCAACACCGUGAACGCGUUGUCGCCAGGUGUUUCAGGUGUCGUCGGGAACGCGCAUUUGCCACACAUCGGCACGAGAAACGUAGAGAUCGUCAAUCCGAGUAUCAAGCCCAGCCCGACAGACACCACGAUCGUGAAUCCCUACGAGUCGAUGCAUUAUCCGGCUGCAGUUUUAACCACGUCGAUUCCAAUGUUCGCCACAACCAGCUUCGUUACAGCGAAACCGACCGUAUUGUCGCCGACCGUCGGACCUACGAACAUACAGAAUGUGCUGAACGCAAUGACAAUGGAUAAUCAAGCAACCAUCAACGAUCUGAAUGCGUAUCAGUCUCAAGACAGGCCAGCGUUCAAUCCCAUUAAUUUUGUCCCGAAUAUAGACGUCGUGAAAAAUCAAAGCGCGUUGAACAGCAAACUGCACGCCAGUGAACCCCUACAACCGAGUCUGAGCCUAGUACCGCUGUUGCCCGGCGGCAAUUUCUUCAAACCUUCGUUCUCCGCGCAAAGCGAGCUGCUGGUGAAGCCGAAGUUAGCCUCGGACCUGGAGACAUACGCGGAGCAAAUGUUCAAAGAGUCGCUGAAGACCAUUUACAAUUCGCAGAAGUGGAACAACGACCGGCGACCUGGCAGCAAUCGCCACAACGUCACCGACUUGUCGGACAUCGCGAAAUUGAAGAACGAGCUGCAACGAUUGAAGGCGUCGUUGUACGACUCGAAGCGGAACAAAGAACAGCUGGACGCGCAUCACAGCGAGACGAAGAUACGAACGAGCGAGUUACCGAGCAAGAAACCGGACGAGCUGAUCGCCGCGUUGGAGCAAAUGCUGAAGACGAACAAGAACCCAUCGGAUUCAUUGCACGCGUUUCAAGGGAGUAACAAACCGUACCGAUAUAGACCGGUCGAUCAAGAAAGAUACAACUUUGGAUCGAACGGUGAGCUCAGAGAAUCCUCGAAGCACGUCAGGGAUUUCCUCACACCGCCGCAUCUGAAUUCCCAUCGUACGAAGAAUCAUUUCCAUAACAAACCAGGAAAGAAAAGACCGGGUCCAACCAGAUUCAACAAUCACAAACGCAAUCAUCACCAUAGGCCGAGGUCACACCCAGGAAGUAAUUUGUCGCAGAAAUCGGGCGGCCUCGAAGCCUCCGGGUCAAAUAUCGAUCCGGUUCACACCGACGGCUUUCCCAAGUACGAAAACACGCAGGACUCGAGGCAUUUCAGGAAAGGUUCGCCGUUCGAUUUACACGCCUCGGCGUCUUCGCUGUCUUACGAGAGAAACAACUUUCCUAAAUCGGCCAGACACCACAAGACAUUAGACGUGAAGGAGAAUGCGUAUAAUCAUCCCAAGAUGCAUAAUUUUCUUGGUUUGUUGAUGAAGAACAAGCAGUUGCCGAACGGGCAGAGGCACUACUUUCACGACAGAGAUCAACUGAAGCAAUUCUUCGAGGACGAAACACAACGGACGCAACAGCAAUUUUACGACGAUACUUUGAGGGAUUAUUUUUACAAAUCGUCCAAUGAUAUGAUGCGUUCCAAUUUGGGACAGAUUGACUCCAACGGUCGGAGAACAUCGUCGGAAAAGAAAGCAAUUUCAGUCUGAUAUUGAACGAACAAGUAUUCUUGCCGUGCAAUGCAAUUUAGACUUGUAAUGCAAGUUGUCAAAAUAUCGUAACAAGUUAUAUGAAAUCGAGAUAUAUGAAAACUUGUAUUGUCAAAUGUUUCUAACGGCAGAAGUAAACUUUGAAACGGCAUAAAGAAAUGUACGUAAGACUUAGAUGAAUAGGUAUUGUGUUUCACUGAUCAAUCAUUCACUUUUGAAAUCGAGAUAUAUGAAAACUUGUAUUGUCAAAUGUUUCUAACGGCAGAAGUAAACUUUGAAACGGCAUAAAGA